AUGGCACAAAGCUCACACGGGGGGAGCCACCGGCGCAAUCGCGACCACGAGCCAUCGAUGCGGUACACCAACACGGACUGGGAGGCGAAGGAGGCGCUCUAUCAGCGGGAGCUGGACGAAGCGCGCGCCAGGGCCUCGCAGAUGGAGAAGACGAUGCGGUGGUGGUCGGACUGCACCGCCAACUGGCGAGAGAAGUGGUCUAAAGUUCGCAACGAGCGCAAUAAGGCGCGGGAGGAAGCCAAGCAGCUAAAGAACAAGGUCGACAUACUCACAAAGGAACUGACGACAGCAAGAAUGGAACGAAACGAAAUGGAGCAACACCUGUCCGAAUUGAAGCAGGAUAAUGAAAAGCUAUUGAGCAUCGGAGAGAGCAGAAUAGUAUCCGGCGACCUGGUCGCCGAUGACGGUGUAGAAUUGAGACGAAAGAAUGUGGGCUACGUCUCUCCCAACGAGCCGUCGAUAAGGCAACGCGCAUCCUUGGACUCCCACAAAUUUUCCAACAUGGACAACGCUCUCGCGAACAAGAUGAGCGAGAUGAGAUUGCGAUUGGACGAAACCUGCAAGAACUUGCAGAGCGAGAAGGACCAGAAGGCAUUCCUGCUGACGAAAAUCGAAACGCUGACAGCGGAGUUGCACAGCACAAAGAUGGAGCUAACGCACAGCGACAGAACGUUAGGCUCGACAGACUCCAGUCACAGCGAAGUAGAGCGAUUGCAGAACGAACUACAAGACGAGAUAGCGGCUAAACAGGUGUUGGAGGAGAAGAUAGCAGAGUUGAGAAUGGAAAUCGAAAGGUUGAAGUCCGAGAACACCAUCCAGUGGAGCAAGAGGGAGCUGCUGGAAACGGAGAACAUAGCUAUCCUCCGCGAAAACAAGAAGCUGUACAGUCAAGUCUGCGAGCUAAGGGAGCAAAUACACAAGCUUAACAGGAUAUCGGACGGCAGCGCCUACGGUGUGCCCUUCGUCGGUGAACACAACGCCCGUGUUACCUCCAACGUGCUAUACGUGAGGAAGACCAGCAUAAGUCCAAGGUCACACGAGUCCAGCAACGGCUCCUCAGAAGCCAACCUCGCCCAGUACGACGCGAAAGCGAACACAUCCGGCGAAGAGGAAGAAUUGGCGAUCGUGGAAAAUCGU